UAGAAGUAUCUUCCCUCGUUCCUGGAUGAGCGGUAAGCGCGCCAGAGAAGCAAUAGACUUCAAUGAUAAAAGAACCGCCUCCCCGUGCUCCCCCCUCCCUGGCCUUCUCUUCCCGCUUCUUCUUCGUCUUCGCGUCCGUCUUCUUGUAAGGCAAUGCGAUGGGAUCGGAAUGGAAGCAAACCCUAGAGUGCUGGGCGUCUCUAUCCCUCCUUUUUGUCUUCCACCUCUUCAUCCUCUCGAUCGGAUCUUCUUCUCGUGCUCCAACCUUCGAAGGAGACUACUUUCUGCAGCCUUUCAGCCUACUGAUCAAGGACAUAGAAAUUAUUACCAAUUAGCUACCUGGAGCUUUUGUCAAAAAGCUGGGAAGCAUGGAAUGCAGAAUUAACAUCAGGACAGCAGAUAUGGCUUACUAUGCUUCUUCAUGCCUUUCCUUCAAUUUAUUUUCUCUGAUUUGGUUUCUAGGCCCGUUUUCUGUAUAAGCUAGCAAAAUUCUCUAGACCAUUCAUUGGCAGCAAAAACUUUGUGAAUAUGGAUGUCGUGCUUUCCCUCUUAUCUAGUUUUUGCCCAUCAAUUGCAUUCAGAAUUGGCAUAUUAGUUUUAUGAAUGAAGCAACAGUUA